UUUCGCGUUCCCUUAUAUUUUUCUCACAGGAUCACUGGAUCUUUGAUGUCAAUUUCACAUUCCUCUCCUUCACCCACUACAAAUCUAGUAUUAACAAAAUUCCAAACACUGAACACAUGCCUUCUUCCUGAUUUUAUCUUUUCAGUCAAUUUACUAACGACGACAUAUUAAAAUUCUGUAUUUAAUACCAAAUUUUAAAGGUUCAAUCACCUGUGUGUUACGUUAAUCUUUUAAGUUACUCAUUAAAUGACAAGCAACUCGUCUUGUCAAAUGAUAGUACACAAAAUGCGAAAUAUUUUAUAAAAAUGAUGGGAUAAAGCCAGAAAUUACUUGUUUGAAUUAUUACUAUAACAUUAUAUAUAUUACAUUUCCUGUAAAUCGGAAAAAAACAACUAUCCAAUGUCCUUGUGAUUGUACAAAGUUAAAAACAAAUGACGAUUUCUUAGUACCUCUCUAGCGCUUUCACCUCUUUAGAGGCUCAUCAGGGGGAUACAUUUCCUGUAUUAACAUAUUGGAAAUCUUUCAAUGCCUGAAAUGGGACAUCAUUUGAUGUCCACCAGACGAUUAGUUAAUAAGUAACGUAAAAAUACAUUACGACACCCUAUCGUUACAAUAAUUCUGUUGAUGUAUAGUGCAAGGCAUAUGAGUUCGACUUGAAUGAAAAAAUCUCUUCCUGUUUCUGUUUACGUAACGCAUACACUGAGUGCAAUGGGGACAUUCUACAAAGUUUAUGAAGCGUAUACUUGUUUACUGAAUAUACUAGUUCUUUAUUUACAAUAUAUGACGUAGUAACACCCAGCAAUAGCAGUAUCCUUCUCGUCCUUUAACAUAUAAAAUUAGGACAAUCAAGUCGAUUUGGUGAAUGGACCCAUGAUUACGGUUCUGUCUACUCCGGAAGAAGAACACAUAAGACCAUGAGGGGCAGAAUCAACCGGAUGAGAUAUAUGGCUUUUGUAAUACUGGUGGACUAUAUCAUCACAGGCAUCGAUGCUACCAUAUGUGCUGAUAAAGCUAAUUCAGAUGGAUUUACUAACGUGUUGCCGAUGUGUAGGAGUGGAUCACUGACAGCUGGACGUGUGGUGGUAGAUACGAACGACACAGGAGUGUUAGACUACGACAGUUGUCGGUGUACAGUUAGUCUAAGUGGGACUAAUACAGGUCCUGUCAACUUACAAACUGGACCUUAUCCUGGAACAGCGCCGGCGUCUGAUUGUGGAAGCAUCCUUAGAUUUAACAGACAUCCUACUAAUACUUAUACUGAAUAUCAAUGUACACGGCUUAGUGGUGAUAUCAUUAGCAAUUUUGCCAACAAUGAACUGUUAAAUAUAACUUUGUCGAAAGUCAAUAACAACACCCAGUUGCAGUCCGGGUACUGCAUACUCAUUAAAUCAGGUGUGAACUUAAGGGUUACGUGUGAUUCACCAGAUACAUUACUUGCAUCAUCUACUCCUGAAGCAGUAAUGACAACAACAACAACAACAACAACAACGACAUCAACAACGAUGACGACGCCACCAACAACGAUGACAACAACCCCUGUUGACGUCAAAUCGGGAUGUUGUAAAUGUGACCAACCUACUAUCCCGUUGGUCGGUGUCGUUGUCCCCAUAGUGGUGACCUUACUGGUGGUAGCGGUGGCCACGGUCGCUAAUGUGAUUCUGUACAAACGGCGUCUUACGAUGGUGAAUGAACUGAAAUCUGGAUCCCAUGUCAUGACCUCACAAGACACUGUCCACUAUGACAGUCUUGACCAGUCACGUGUUGAACCCCCAAAUACGUACGAGGAAAUGUCCACGCGACAAACCUACGUCAAUACGGCGAUGAGUACUUGAACAUGAUAGCUUCGUGAUCAGUUAGUAGUUGCUUGCCAUUGCUACAGCAGACAUAGGAAAAGAGAUAUAAACAUUUUAAACCUUAAACAUUUUAUAGAAAGAAAACAAACUACCAAUGAACAUAGUCCAAGUUCCAUCUUUUUCAUAGGGGGAUAUUUCAACCAGUGCAAUUAAGAAACCAUUGCUGAAAAUGUUUUGGGCGAAAGCUGCUUUGAAAACAUGAUAAAACAAAUACCACUGAUAAAAAUGCUGGUUGACCCUCUCAGUAUUCCAAAAUACAUCUGGAAUAAAAUAUAACAUACGAUAAAUAUGAAAAUACGACGCCCAAUUGUACAGUGUUGGUGAAUUACCUCGAGUGCCAAGAGGACCAAAGGAACUGACAGGUCGGAACAUCUCAACAGACAUUACAACAGAAGCGUUUGAACUCUGAUCUAGUUAAACUAGCAUUGACAAAAAACCGAGACAUGAAAAUGCUAUUUCUUAUAAUACAUAUUAUAUAACACAGGCUAUUUCCGUGCAAUAUCGCCGUUCAAUAAAAACAAUAUAGCACACAAACAAUAGACAUAGAUUGAUGGCUGUGGCAUAGGCAUUGUGAAAGAAUAAAAUUAAUAAACGAACACGAGUGUUAGAGUUAAACACAUACAACAACUGCAUGUUCAAAUUCCACCUUAACUUCUCCGACACACACAUAAUCAAUUGUGACCUCGUGUAACCGGUCAACGUCAUCAGUGUUCCAGUUUCAUGGCGGACUCCACAGUAUAUUAUCUGGUUCAGUGACAGGCGGAAACAUCAAAGUUAAUAUCCAUCAACAAACCUAGGAAGAAACGCGUCCAUGUUAUAGGAAAUGACAGUCGGUGUAAACUAGUAAAAAGUUCCGACUUCGAUCUGUAUUGUGAUGACCUUUACUU